CAAUAAAGGCUGAUGCCCGGCCAUGUGUGGCAGUGCAGGGGUCGCUCCCUCCAGCCCUCGUCCAUGUGAAGAAGUUUUGUGUGGCAGGAAGCAGGCUUGUGAGGAGAAGUGCUGGUACGGGCGGCAGGGCAGGAUAUGCAGCAGGGGGAGGACAUGCGCCCUUUGCCUGCACACUCCAGAAGGCAGGAAACCUACAGGAAAGAGCUCGGUGCUGCCGCUGCCUGCCUCGUCCGCACUGUACAUACAGAGAGCCCAGACCCAGCGCUCGGGAGCGGGAGGGAAGAUGGCGACGCUGGGAAGCGAAUCUCAGCCGUUCUCUAACCUCCCAGUCAGCGCCCUACUCCAGUCCCAGUACCCGCAGCAGCAGCAGCACCACAGCGCUGUCACUGGAGUCACCAACUUCAGCCUGAACCUGCCUGUGAACCGGGGGCUGGAGAGAGCCCUGGAGGAGGCGGCAAACUCCGGCAUCCUCAACCUCAGUGCCAGGAAGCUGAAGGAAUUCCCCAGGACUUCGGGGAACCAUGAUCUGUCCGACACGGUGCAGGCAGAUUUUUCCAAGAACAGGCUGACAGAAGUCCCCGUAGAAGUUUGUCAUUUUGUGUCCCUUGAAGCACUCAACUUACACCAAAACUGUAUCAAAGUUAUUCCUGACUCGUUAGCAAAUUUGCAAAUGCUGACUUAUUUAAAUAUAAGCCGAAAUCAACUCUCCUCAUUGCCAACCUGCAUAUGUGGUCUUCCCCUAAAAGUCUUAAUCGCAAGUAAUAAUAAGCUUGGAUUUCUGCCAGAGGAAAUAGGUCAACUACAGCAGUUAAUGGAGCUGGACAUCAGCUGCAAUGAAAUAACAUCUUUGCCACAUCAGAUAGGUCUUCUAAAGUCUUUGCGUGAACUGAAUGUAAGAAGAAACUAUCUGAAAGUUCUACCUCAGGAAAUAGUAGACCUUCCCUUGGUAAAAUUAGAUUUUUCCUGCAAUAAAAUCCUGAUACUACCACUUUGUUUUCGAAAAAUGGUGCAAUUACAAGUAUUAGUACUAGAAAAUAACCCUCUACAGUCUCCUCCUGCACAGAUUUGUAUUAAAGGCAAAAUACAUAUAUUUAAAUAUUUAAGUAUACAAGCCUGUCAGAUGGAAAAGACGGGAGAUGCGUUUUAUCUUCAUGCCAUAGAGAGGCCUAUUCUGCAGCAACACGUUGAGGAAAGUAUUGAAGACAUUUUCCCAUUGAAGAAGGACUCUGAUUCUGGUGUUGGCAGUGACAGUGGGGAAAAACGUUUAUCAACCAUAGAGCCUUGUGACGAAGACUCUGCCAGUCCGAGCGUACCAAUGUCUGAUAUUUUGGAAGAAGAAAAUUUUGCCAAAGAAGAUUUAGAUCAGCAGUUCAAUAAUUCAUUAAAAGAAAAUCAUCAGAAUUAUGUCUUGAGUGCUCCUGUCGAGUCAGAAAAAUCGAUAUGCCAGUAUAAAAUAGAUGCAGAUGCCAACCUCACUGAAUUUAGGAGCUACAACCAGGCUAAAUCUGCUGAUUUUGAUGAACCUUUGCAAAUACAGGAGGAUACAACAUGGUCUAUACACCAUAACAAUACAAGUUCAGAAAGUAAAGAAAUCAACUCAGGAAUGAUAGACCAAUUAAGAGAAGCAGUCGAUAUGUUACAAGACCCUACAAGACUAAGAAUGGAAAUUGAAGAUAACGCAGAACUGUACAGUUUACAGACUACCCCAUCUGAUGUGAAUAAGUCUACAGUAAAUGGACAAGUAGAAUUACAGAUGUCUUCAAUAGCGCAGAAUGACGACGCAUGUUAUGAUUCCCAGGAAGAGGCAGAAGAUGGCACCCCCACCAUGUCUCCAGCACACAACACUACAACCUUUGGUUUAAAACCUCGAUCUGACCCGUCCCUCACUCUUCCUCCUAUCUCCUUCAACAAACUUACACAGGCACAAAAUAUGGACAGUUAUAACUUGGACAUGUCACCAGGAGAGAUUGACAAUGUUUUUGUUAGACCACAGAGGAACCUGGAAGCAAUAGAUCCCCAGUUUACAAUGAGAAGAAAAAUGGAGCAGAUGAGAGAGGAAAAGGAACUCUUAGACUGCCUUCGGGAGAAUAUUGAAGUAAGAUUAAAGAUCUGCCUCCCUGAAGACCUUGGAUCUGCUUUGAUGGAUGGAGUUGUCCUCUGCCAUUUAGCGAAUCAAAUACGCCCUCGGUCAGUAGGGAGUAUCCAUGUGCCCUCUCCAGCUGUACCAAAGCUUAGCAUGGCCAAAUGCAGAAGAAAUGUUGAAAACUUUCUAGACGCAUGUAGAAAAAUGGGAGUACCAGAGGAGAAACUUUGUUUACCACAUCACAUCCUAGAAGAAAAGGGCCUGGUGAAAGUGAGCAUCACCGUUCAAGCACUGGUAGAUGUGGCGACCACCAAGCAAGCCUUAUUUCUUUGAAACUACUGCAUCUUGUUUCAUCUGAUCACGUUUUCUCAAGGCUCCCUAAAGAGAUCAAUGGCAAAAGAUACCUGCAGCCUCAGACUCUCCUCUAAGGAGACGCAUGAUGGAGAGCAGCAGCCUAACACAUUCCACAAAGAGGGAGCAAGAAGCGAAUUUUGCACAGAAAGGUUAAAAGUCUACAUAUACUGUAUAUAUUCAGCCCCUACUUACCACAUACCGGUCACUGCCUAUCCUUUUAUCACCGUAAAUCACUGUACACGGUGAUAGAAACAGAAUAGCCAACUCCAUUCCAUUCAUUGAUUACGUACAGAAUUUCUGCCGGUCCCCUCACUUAAGGUCACAAUGCACUGUAUUUAUUUCUAUAGCACUAGUUAUUAUUUUUUGCAACCUCAAACACUAAUUGCUGCUUUAAUUCUGAACAUAUUUGAAAUGACAAGUUCUAAUUUGAUGUACAUUUGGUUACAAUGUCCUAUAGUUCACUGGAUUGCUACGUUAUAAUGUAAGAGCUGAAAGGACUCUUCUAAAUUACUUACAUCCUCUUGGGUACAUUGUACAUGGGGUCCCAGACUCAAACACCUCACCAUAGAAGCUCCUAACAUUAUAAGGCUACUUUCACAUCUGCGUUGGACUGUCCGGUUUUGAGAUCCGGCAUAGGGUCUCAAAACCACAGCACAACGCUUCAGUUUUGUCCCCAUUCAUUGUCAAUGAGGACAAAACUGAACAAAUCGGAAAAGAGUGCACCAGAAUGUAUUCCGUUCCAGUUUGGUGCGUUCCCAUGCCGUAAGCAGCGUCUUUUUGUGCAGCAUGGUAAACUAAACAAGCCGGAUCUGGCACCAAAACCCC